AUGGCCAAGAAGCGGAUCGCUGUGAUCGGAGCUGGGAUCAGUGGACUGGGUGCCAUCAAGUGCUGCUUAGAUGAAGAUUUGGAGCCCAUCUGCUUUGAAAGAAAUGAUGAUAUUGGAGGUCUCUGGAAAUUUCACAAAAAUACUUCAGACAAAAUGCCUAGUAUCUACAAAUCUGUGACCAUCAACACUUCCAAGGAAAUGAUGUGCUUCAGUGACUUCCCUGUACCAGAUCAUUUUCCCAACUACAUGCACAACUCCAGACUCAUGGACUACUUCAGGAUGUACACCAAACACUUUGGCCUCCUGAAUUAUAUUCGUUUUAAGACCAAAGUGCGAAGUGUGAGGAAGCACCCAGAUUUUCCUUUCAAUGGACAAUGGGAUGUUGUUGUGGAGAAUGAUGGGAAACAAGAGACUUUGGUCUUUGAUGGGGUCUUGGUCUGCAGUGGACAUCACACAGACCCCUACCUACCACUUCAGUCCUUCCCAGGCAUUGAGAAGUUUGAAGGCUGUUAUUUCCACAGUCGGGAAUACAAAAGUCCCGAAGACUUUUUAGGAAAAAGAAUCAUAGUGGUUGGCACUGGGAAUUCCGGAGUGGAUAUUGCAGUGGAGCUCAGUCGUGUAGCAAAACAGGUAUUCCUCAGUACUAGACGAGGAUCGUGGAUUCUACACCGUGUUUGGCAUAAUGGGUAUCCCAUGGAUACUUCAUUUUUCACUCGGUUUAAUAGUUUUCUCCAGAAAAUAUUAACGACAGCACAAAUAAAUAACCAACUGGAAAAGAUACUGAACUCCAGAUUCAAUCAUGCACACUACGGCCUUCAGCCUCAGCACAGACCUUUAAGUCAGCAUCCAACUGUCAGUGAUGACCUGCCAAAUCACAUAAUUUCUGGAAAAGUCCAGGUGAAGCCCAACGUGAAGGAAUUCACAGAAACAGAUGCCAUUUUUGAUGAUGGCACUGUCGAGGAGAAUAUUGAUGUUGUCAUCUUUGCUACAGGAUACAGUUUCUCUUUUCCUUUCCUGGAUGGUCUGAUCAAAGUUACUAAUAAUGAAGUGUCCCUGUACAAGCUUAUGUUCCCUCCUGACCUGGAGAAGCCAACACUGGCCAUCAUUGGUCUUAUCCAGCCACUGGGUAUCAUCCUACCUAUUGCAGAACUUCAGUCUCGCUGGGCUACACGUGUGUUCAAAGGGCUAAGCAAAUUACCCUCAAUGAAGAACAUGAUGACAGAUAUUGCCAAGAAGAAGAAGGCCAUGGAAAAACAGUAUGUGAAGACACCCCGCCACACAAUCCAAGUGGAUCACGUUGAGUACAUGGAUGAGAUCGCCACCCUGGCAGGGGUGAAGCCCAACCUACUGUUCCUCUUUCUCUCAGAUCCAAAGCUGGCCAUGGAGGUUUUCUUUGGUCCCUGCACCCCAUACCAGUACCGCCUGCAGGGGCCAGGGAAAUGGGAUGGGGCCCGGAGAGCUAUCCUGACCCAGAGAGAGAGGAUUCUCAAGCCUCUGAAGACUCGAAUUCCUAAUGAGGACAGUCACUCAUCCUCACAGCUCUCCUGGAUAAAGAUGGCACCAGUGGGCCUGGCAUUUCUGGCUGCUGGCUUAGCAUACUUUAGAUAUAUUCAUCGUAGUAAGAGGAAAUGA